UCCUCCUGUCAACUCAAUCAAUCAGCUAAUGACAUCCAGCACACUGCCAGCCAGCUACAGAACGCGAAGAAUCAUUGUUCUAGCACUCGGCCCGAUCGGGCACAGGAUUUUCACUCGGCAGCACAAAGGUGGUAGCAGCGGCCAACCCGGUGCUUCCACAACACGUACAAACAUCCAAACUUUUUUCACCGCUUCUUCACAGCUGUAUCGUUUUGUUCAGGUUCACUGCUUCAAAGCUCGGCUGUGUAUAUAUUUUGAGGGGGCUCGAUCGCGGGGGGCACUUUUGUUUCCUUUCUUCCUCCGUAGUGGAUACGCGAUGGUCCACAAAUCCGCGCUGGUGGUCCUCCUGGUAUUGGUCUUGAUGAUGCAGCAGCAUUGCCAGGGAGGCGAUGUUGGUGAAAACCAUCCGAGCGUUGCUCUCACCACCGCGAGGAGGCUCCAGAAUAUCAACUGCGGUUCUGCCUGCGAUUACAGGUGCUCCAAAGCUGAUGCGCACGACAGAUGCAUCAAAUACUGCAACAUUUGCUGUGGCAAGUGCAACUGCGUUCCUCCGGGAACUUACGGGAACAAGGAAACGUGCCCCUGCUACAACAAUCUCAAAAACUCCAAGGGCGGUCCGAAGUGCCCCUGAUUUCGAUCAGCCUCCAGGUCCAGGUACACAAGAUCGCUCCAUAAACUUUGCUCCUGCAAAGAAAGAAGAGAAACUCCAUGAGGUUUGAUAGGAUGUAUUGCAGUAUUUGUGCUUGAAUAAUACAUCAAUGUUCAUUGAUGUGUAGACAAAAAAAGAUUUGUGGAAAGAUCGAAAUGGUCAAACUAGUUGAGCCAUGGAACUUUCAACUUUAAA